AUGGCGACGCCCAUACCAGAGAUGGAUAACCUACAGCUACAGGAUAAUGAAGAGGAAAGGUGGACUCGGACGGAACAGGGCUCGUCCCAGCAUAACGACACGGAUGAGGACGACAGGGAGGCGGCUCUGCGGUCAGAACUAAAGUCGGUACGGGAUAUCAACGCCGUGAUUGAAGGAGUCGUCGAGAGCCUGGAACGGGCAAAGGGUAACAUGGAGAGCGUUGCUCGGACCGUAUCGUCCGCCUCCACCCUGCUCGAUACGUGGACUCGAAUACUAUCUCAGACAGAACAUAACCGAAGACUUGUCCUGGAUCCCUCCUGGCAGGGCGCUACACAGGAUAUGGCGGAUAUAGAAAACGAGGCUCGUCAACGGCAACUAGAAGCGGAGCGAAGAGAGCUCGAGCUACAGCAACGCAAGCAGGCACUGGAGAGGAAGGCUGAGGAAGAGCAACGAAAGCGAGCUGCGCAGUCGACUUCAUCCGCCAGAGGGAGACGAGGGAUUCUACGGCCGUCGACACGGGCUGGAGCCCUCCUCCCCUGUCGCCGUCACUUUACAUCUACACCGGGAGGUAUGAAUUUCGCGCCAUACCAAGACCAGUCUCCGGACAUCGAGCGUGCGCUCUCCCCACCGCUCGCGAAUACCGGCCGUAUACACACCUCGUCCCCCCGUCAAACACCUUCACCGCUGGGCCAGAACCAUCCCAGACACUCAUCAAGCCAGGAUCGAAAUACCACAAGCAAUGCGCAGGGGUUAGGGUCCGGGUUGGGCGGAUAUGGAAGAGACGUUGAAGGCGGGCGCCUGAGUUUGGGCGCGUUCGAGACAAGUCUUCCACUACGUAUGGACUAUGAGGCUAUGCUGGCGUAUCUAUUGCUACCACCUGCUGGAGGAGUGUUUCUGUUAUUGACGGAACAUAAGAGCGAUUAUGUGCGAUUCCACGCCUGGCAGUCAAGUUUAUUAUUUACUUUCAUGUUUGUUAUACAUAUGUUAUUUGCAUGGUCGAGCAUCAUAUCUUGGCUACUGUUCAUAUGCAAUCUUGGGCUGAUUGGGUUCUUGAGUAUGCAUGCUUAUCGCGAUGUCGAGACUCUGGAACACUAUCAAGUCCCGUUCUUCGGGCCGUUGGCAAACUCCUUUGUCGAUGAUGAGUGA